AUGGGAUCUCUCACUCCAGAACAGGUGGCAUUCUACCACCAAAACGGGUACCUUUUAUUGCGGGUCACAGAGCAUCAGCUGGUGGACCCGGUGGCCUUGAAAGAAUGGACAGAAGAGAUCAAGGCUUGGCCCCGGGUCAAGGGCAAGUGGAUGCCUUAUGACGAGAUCAAUAUCAAUGGGCAGCGUCAGCUUAUGCGCACUGAGCGAUUCAUUGAUUUCCAUCCGAAAUACAAGGAAUUAGUCUGCGGAAAGAAACUAGGAGACAUCCUGAAGGCUGUUUCUGGCGAUGAUAUGUUGCUUUUCAAAGAUAAGAUCAACUAUAAGCAACCUGACGGUAACGGGUUCCAGGCACACCUCGAUGCUCCAGCCUAUGAUCACAUUGGUCGCAUCGAACAUGUGACAGCAACCUUAGCUAUUGAUGCUGCGACCAUUUCAAAUGGAUGCCUUGAGGUUGUGCCCGGCUCACAUAGGAUGAAGGUGGACUUUGUGGAGGGGGGGCGCAUCAAGCCUGAAUGGGAACACGCCCAUGAAUGGGUUUCUAUCCCGCUGGAGGCAGGCGAUCUUCUAAUCUUUGGUUCACACCUUGCGCAUCGAUCGGCUCAAAACAGGACUCAGGGUAGCCGAUCAAGUCUCUAUGCUACUUUCCAUUCUAAAAGUGAUGGUCUGGACUUGAGAGAGAAAUAUUACAAGCACCGGAUGGAAAUGUUUCCUCCUGAACAUGAACGUGAAGAGGGCAAAGAUUAUUCUCAAGGAUAUAAAAUAUAUGGUUUUGCCGCGCCUUUCACUCCAAUUGACCAGAAUGUCACCCCGUGCGAUAUAGCUGGCCAGUCAUGA